CUGGAACUGCUUUGUCCCGGCCACCGAGAACAGGUAGGUCAUUCCUUCCCCGGCUCUGAGCUGAGAGGGUUCUUGGAAGGCUGUCCCACCGGCUUCUUGACAUGGCUCUCAAAGAGGGACUCAGGACCUGGAAGAGACACUUCCGACUGCUGUUCCUACUUAUAGUUGGCCUCUCAGGGCUGCUCCUGUACGGGAUCCCUGGACUCAGGCAUCUGGAAAUAUUCAUCCCCAUGGGCACCUGCCCUCCGGCCAGAAUGCUUCUGCUGAGAGACAACUUCACGGGGCUCCUGCGUCUCUGGGCCCGGCCUGAAGUCCUGACCUGUACCUCCUGGGGGGCCCCCAUUAUUUGGGAUGGCACUUUUGAUCCAGAUAUGGCCCAGCAAGAGGCUAUCCAGCAGAACCUCACCAUUGGGCUGACUGUCUUUGCUGUAGGCAGGUACCUGGAGAAGUACCUGGCGCGCUUCCUGGAGACGGCCGAGCAGCACUUCAUGGUGGGCCAGCGCGUGGUCUACUACGUGUUCACCGAGCGCCCGGCCGCCGUGCCCCGCCGGCCGCUGGGCCCCGGCCGCCAGCUGCGCGUAGAGCGCGUGCUCCGCGAACGACGCUGGCAGGACGUGUCGAUGGAGCGCAUGCGCACUCUGCACGCGGCGCUGGGCGGCCGGCUGGGCCGCGAGGCGCAGUUCGUGUUCUGCAUGGAUGUGGACCAGUACUUCAGCGGCGCCUUCGGGCCCGAGGCGCUGGCCGAGUCGGUGGCGCAGCUUCACGCCUGGCACUACCACUGGCCGCGGCGGCUGCUGCCCUAUGAGCGCGACGCGCGCUCGGCCGCCGCGCUGGCGGUGGACGAAGGCGACUUCUACUAUCACGCCGCCCUGUUCGGGGGCAGCGUGGCGGCGCUGCGCCAGCUGACGGCGCACUGCGCGCGAGCCCAGCAGCAGGACCGCGCGCGCGGCAUCGAGGCGCGCUGGCACGACGAGAGCCACCUCAACAAGUACUUCUGGUUGCACAAGCCCGCUAAAGUACUGUCGCCCGAGUUCUGUUGGAGCCCGGAAAUCGGCCAGCGGGCGGAGAUCCGCCACCCGCGCCUGCUCUGGGCGCCCAAGGAGUACGCCUUGGUGCGAGACUAGGAGGCAGGACCCGGCCUUGCCCCACAGGCGGAACACCUUGGGCACGGGAAGGAUGAGGUGUGGGCCUAACUGCAAGGAGAGAGACCCAGAACAAUGGGAGUCCCUUCUGGAAGCAGCGUGGCAAUUUGGAGGGCAGAAACAGAUGGGGGUGGAAACAGUCCCACCACCACCACCUGUGUGUUCCCAUCUGGGAGGAGGAGGUGCUGGCCUUUGAAAGUGUUUUGUGCUGGUCUCGGCCUAUGAAUAACCCGUGUUGUGGUUGGACCAGCCCAGGUGGUUCUUUUGUGAUUGCAAGAUGCCUUUCAACAAUAACUAUCAAGGACACGUUGAAAAAAAUUCAGGUUUAAUCCUUACUGGACCUGGAAAUUACACAGCACACCUCGGGCCACACAACAAUGUCGCUGGUAGAGUGAGAGGUCCCACCCCCAGCCUGGGGUUCUGCUUUUAUUAGGAUCCAGGGAAGGGUCCUAGGGCUUCCUGGGCUCACUCUGUUGGUGAAUUCAAAAUAUAAGAACAGGAAUUUAAAGCUCAGGAAGAAAAAGAAAAAAAGAAGUGGCCCAAAUAUUGAAAUCAACCAAGAUCUCUAAACAAAGGAGCCACAGUGCGAGGGAGGCAGCCUGGCUCUUUAGUAGCUAGCAAUGUGUUUAUUCCAGACAGCCCUCUUUGAAGUGGAUGCGUUGGCAAUCAAAGCUUAAAUCAGGCACUUGCAUUACAGGAAAGAAAACAAGAGCUGCCAGGGUUUACAUUAUAGGGAGCUUCUCACUGGAAGAGAAAGGUCCCCUUUCUCUCACUUUCAACAGGGACUGAAGCACAUAGACCUCUCACCUCUAACCUUACUGAAUCCAGCUAAUUAAUCGCCUCCAGAGGAGAUGUUUUAGCCCUCCCCCACCUGCCCCCCUUUUUUUUGAUAAGGAGACUGAGGCAAAAAAGGGAACAUAACUGCCUAAAGACUAGAUCAACAUGAGUCAGUCUGUGAGCAGCUGGAGAGCCAGGACUGGUGCUCAGGCCAAAUAGAGCUGCCUUUGGGCAUUAGCCACAGAGGGAGAAACACCAGUGACAUCCAGUUCCUUGGCUUUGUGUUUUCACCAUCAUUGCCCUCAAGCAUAGUUUGUACAUAUUUAAUUAAUGUCAUUGAGAACGAAACAGGAGCUAUGAAAUAAACCUGACAAGCUCAGGGAGGUCACAUGGCAGUCCUGACAAGCUCAGUGACCGACACAGGACCGGCUGAUCAUAAAUUCCAAACUGGGCGGGUCAUAAUGGACAGUGACCUCCCAGACUUACAGCUUCCUUAGCAAAGGUCAAUCUUGACCUUAAGUGAGCUUUGUCCAUCGUUCUUAUGCAUCUAGGAUAACAUACCUUUGAGAAG